CUUACACAGACAAAACAGCUGGAUUGACACUCCCAAGCUUCUACUCACAAACGAAAGCACAAUGACAAAAGACACCCUCCCAAGCCACCAAACCCGCCUCGCCAGCCGCGCCAACCAAAUAACCAACACCUCCGGCCUGGCCCCAGGCCACCUGCAAGCCAACCUCCUAAUCCUCCCCGCCCGCUACAGCCAAGACUUCCACCAACUCUGCCUCCGCAACCCGGUCGCCUGCCCCCUCCUCGGCAUUUCCCACCAACCAGGCAACCCCCACCACAUCCAGCCCGAAGGCUGCAUCACCGUGACCGGCCCAGAGGACUUCGACAUCCGCACCGACUGCCCCCUCUACCGCAUCUACAAGCACGGCAAACCCAUCGCCACGCACCAGACGACCCUCCUCCCCUUCUGGCCGGACCCAUCCCCUCAGCCCGCACAGCAUGAAGCAUACGUAUCCUUCCUGAUCGGCUGCUCCUACUCCUUCGAAUCCGCCCUCACCGCCGCCGCCCUGCCCCCGCGCCACCAGACCACCCAAACCCUCGUCCCCAUGUACCGCACCACCAUCCCGCUCCUCCCCGCGGGCAUUUUUACGGGUGGACGCACCGUCGUCUCCAUGCGUCCGUACCCGGCCCACGAAGUGGAGCGGGUCCGCGCCCUGACGCGGCCGUUCCUGGCCACCCACGGCGAGCCGGUCGAUUGGGGGUGGGAGGCGCUCUCCCGGUUGGGGAUUGGGGAUCUGCAGGCGCCCGACUUUGGGGAGCCGGUGCCCCUGGAAGAGGGGGAGGUGCCGGUUUUCUGGGCUUGCGGGGUUACGCCGCAGUUGGCGGUGGAGGCUGCCGGGGAGAAAAUCGAGGGAUUGGUGUUUGCGCAUGAGCCGGGCCAUAUGUUGGUGACGGAUUGGAGGGAGGAGGAUUUGGCGAGGUUGGGGCGGGGGUUGGGGGUUUGAACAGGUAUAAGUCGAGGUGGGUUGGGAGGAUUAUGCUAACUACUAGGAGGUCAGGCUGCUGCUUAUGACAGAGGAGGGAAGAUUCGUUCAAUGACAUGACUCAACCUCUAUGACACAGUUCUCAGUUCAUCAAUAUACUAGCAACAUCACUGCCGUCGUCAACCACCUUUUGGUUCACACCCAUCACUUCCUCAUCAUUACACAUCCCAACCACGGCCGUUAUACAGGCAUGUUAUAUACUUCAUUCCUCAAUCCACACCCCGUCCACCAACAAUCUCACUUCUCCCUCUCCUCUCCCGUAGUUCCCAGC